AUGGCGUCAAGUCAUUCUGCGGUGAACCCAGGAGUUACUGGACCAAGUCUCUCCGACUUUCCUGAAAACAUUCAAAACAAAAUUAUUCUGGUUGAAGUUCCCGCCGCCGAAGUGCAAGGCUUCAUUCGAAAUGAAUGUCCUUAUAUGUUAGAGAGAAUCGCACCGUAUGGUGCUAAUUGGAUGAGACAUGUCAUGUACAACACCAUCCCCAAGGAGAUCCGAGUCUACGCGUAUGUCCACUAUGACAUGGCCCAACCAGACUGGUACCGAAAGGAAGGCAAUGUGGCUCUUCUGUCUCGUUACAAUGCCCACAGAAACAAUUUGGAGCAGGAAGUAACUGAGGAGCAGGCCCGCAGCAUGCUGCGGUUCUACAGUAUUGUGCAAUUCUAUGCCAACCCGCUUCCCGCCAUCGGAAUUCGGGCCCUGAAUGUGGCACGUUCUGGGAACAUGCGGGAGAGGGCUUCUAGAAAUGAGAUGCUACGUAUUGAACGUGCCCUGUACAUACAUGAUAUUCUAUUGCAAGCGAUGACCAACAUACCCCGCCACACCAUGACCUCGGCUGCUGCCAAGUCGCCUUGGAUGAAUUUCCUAGAGAUGUUCACUGGCUGGAUGCUAUACCAGGUGUUGACAGUGACUACGUUCCUCCAUUAUCCGGAUCACACGAAGCGUUUCUCUGAUGAAGAAUUGGAAGACGCGCUUGUCGCUAUCUCGAAAACGGAGAAUCGCAACUAUCUGUAUGAAGGGCUGUCAUUCAGAAAAGAGAUGGACGGGGGUAGUUGGGAUCGAAGACUGAAUGAUGAAGAGCAGCUUCGCCUCAAAUGCUGGGCUGCUGCUGGCAGGGCCAUAUUUGCUGCUAUGUAUCUGAAGGUAGAUGGCAAAGAUCAGAAGUUCAACCAGCAGAACUUUUCCCCAGAUGAUAACAUGUUCAACAAACAAAUGGCUGAUCCAUUUGUAUUCAUCGAGGGGGACAAUGGCCCGCAUCGGCUCUGGUACGCAGUCUUGAAGAAUAGGCCCAAUCAAGACAUAGGAACAUUCUUUAAUGAAACCGGCCACCCGAAUUACCUGCUCUUCAUGUGGGAUGAAGACCGGUUGCGCUACCUGAACUUUCUUGGGCUGCAGUAA